CACCGAUUCGAAUCAAUCAUUGUCUUCCCGCUUUAUCACUAGAGCGAUGAGCACACUGCAAAGUCUACUGUCAUUUUGCAGGUAAAACUGCCAGAAAUCGGAAUCAGAACUCCGUUCCGAAUAUUUCACGGCAUAAAGUCUAAGCUCACUGUAACUCCGGCAGUUAGGGUUGGACGGCGGAGAAUGGCAGAGAAGAUCGAAUCUGCCGGCUGCGUUUACAGGGAUCCAAAUGCUCCGGUGGAGGACAGAGUCAAGGACCUGUUGUCGCGCAUGAAUCUGAAGGAGAAAAUCGGCCAAAUGAUUCAGAUCGAUCGCGCCGUCGCCACUCCCUCCGCCAUAACUGAUUAUUUCCUUGGAAGUAUUUUGAGUGGAGGCGGGAGUAAACCGUCUGAUAAUGCUGCAUCCGAGGAAUGGGCGGAUAUGAUUGAUGGAUUCCAGAAGGCGGCGCUGGAGACCCGGCUCGGUAUUCCGAUCAUCUACGGAAUUGAUGCGAUUCAUGGGAACAACAAUGUCUAUGGUGCCACUGUUUUUCCCCACUUUAUUGGGCUCGGAGCUACUAGAGAUGCAGAUCUAGUGAAGAGAAUAGGGGUUGUGACUGCUCUUGAAGUUAGGGCCAGUGGAGCCCAAUAUGAUUUUGCUCCUUGUGUAGCUGUCAGUAAAGACCCUAGAUGGGGAAGAUGCUAUGAGAGUUUCAGUGAAGACACUGAAGUCGUUAGAAAAUUGAGCUGUCUUGUGACGGGCUUGCAAGGCCAACCACCAGAAGGACAUCCAAGUGGUUACCCUUAUGUUGGUGGAAGAAACAAUGUUGCUGCAUGUGCCAAGCAUUUUGUAGGUGAUGGAGGGACUUUGAAAGGCAUAAAUGAAGGAAAUACUACAAUAUCUUAUGAUGAUUUAAUCAAUGUUCAUAUGGCACCAUAUCUAGAUUGCUUGGCACAAGGAGUUUGUACUGUUAUGGCUUCCUACUCCAGCUGGAAUGGAAAGAAAAUGCAUACAAACUACCAUUUUCUAACAGAGAUUUUGAAGAAUAAGUUUGGAUUCAAGGGUUUUGUGAUUACAGACUGGGAAGGAAUUGACCGGAUAAGCGACCCCCCUGGCUCAAAUUAUCGUGAAUGCGUCAUGUUGGGUAUAAAUGCUGGAAUAGAUAUGGUGAUGGUGCCUUUUAAAUUUGAGAUACUUUGGAAUGACUUGCUAUCUUUGGCAGAAUCUGGGGAGAUACCGAUGGCCAGGAUUGAUGAUGCCGUUGAAAGGAUCCUUAGAGUCAAAUUCAUUACAGGAGUAUUUGACCAUCCAUUUACAGAUAGAUCUUUAUUAGAUAUGGUUGGUUGUAAGGCACAUAGAGAGCUAGCACGUGAAGCUGUACGCAAGUCCUUAGUUUUACUAAAGAAUGGGAAGGAUAGUGAGAAACCAUUUCUUCCUUUAGACAGGAAUGCCAAGAAGAUCCUUGUUGCAGGAACCCACGCUGAUGAUCUUGGUUACCAGUGUGGAGGCUGGACAUCAACUUGGUUGGGAACUGGCGGCAGAAUCACAAUUGGUAAGCUAUUCAUAGGCACAACCAUUUUGGAUGCACUAAAAGAAGUGAUGGGAGACAAAACAGAAAUAAUCUUUGAGCCAACUCCUUCAGAAGAAACCUUUAGUGGUCAAGACUUCUCAUAUGCCAUUGUGGCUGUUGGAGAGACUCCAUAUGCAGAAACUGCCGGUGAUGACCCAGAACUCAAAAUCCCAUUGAAUGGAUCUGACAUUGUUCGGUUAGUUGCUGACAAAGUUCCCACGGUAAUGAUUCUGAUCUCUGGAAGGCCAAUGGUUAUAGAACCAACGCUCUUGGAUAAGAUAGAGUCUCUAGUUGCUGCUUGGUUGCCGGGAACUGAGGGAAGAGGUAUCACUGAUCUUCUCUUUGGUGACUAUCCAUUCCAUGGAAAACUACCAGUGACAUGGUUUAAAAGUAUAGAUCAACUGCCAAUGCAUGCUCAGAAGAACUCAUCGGACCCAUUAUUUCCUUUUGGUUUCGGGCUUACAACAACCAAAUAAUUAAAAUAUUAACAUGGGAUUCUCUAAAUAAUCUAUGUACUUAAAUGACCAAUGCAGACACCAGUACUCUCAUUCUUCCAUGGUUGCAAGUUUCAACUGCAUUCCUUGUUAUCUGAUGCAGAAACAUUCUUCAUUAAUUCUCCCUAUUCAUAAUGUUUGAAAAUAAUGAGGAUAGGAUUGUUGUAUUCUUGGUAUGAAGCUUGGACACCAGAACUGUACUCUGUCAAGACUGGGAGGGUCUCCCUUUAAUUUAUUGUCUUUCUGAUAUUAGUUGUUUGAAUAAAGCCAUUGUUCCAUA